UGAAAGGAAAGAAGGCUAAGAGGAAGAAGGUAGUCCCAGCCCCUGCUGUUGUCAAAACUCAGGAGGCCAAGAAGGUGGUCAAUCUCCUGUUUGAGAAAAGGCCCACAAGUUUUGGCAUCAGAUAGGACAUCCAGCCCAAAAGCGACCUCACCUGCUUCUUCAAAUGGCCCCACUACAUCUGGCUGCAGAGGCAAAGGCCUUUUCUCUAGAAACGUCUAAAAGUGCCUCUCAUGGGGGUGCCUGGGUGGUUCAGUCUGUGGAGUGUCUGACUUUGGCUCAGGUCAUGAUGUCUCAGUUUGUGAGUUCAAGCCCCGCAGUGGGCUCUGUGCUGACAGCUCGGAGCCUGGAGCCUGCUUUGGAUUUUGUGUCUCCCUCUCUCUCUGCCCCUCCCCCACUUGUGCUCUGUCUGUCUAUCAAAAAUAAAUAAAAUGUAACAAAAAAAAUUUUUUUAAGUGCCUCUCAUGAUUAACCAGGUCACCCAGGCCUUGGACCGCCAAACAGCUAUUCAACUGCUUAAGCUGGCCCACAAAUACAGACCAGAGACAAAGCAAGAGAAGAAGCAGAUAUUGUUGGCCUGGGAUGAGAAGAAAGCUGCCAGCAAAGGGCAUGCCCCCCCUCGGUGGCCACCUGUCCUUCAAGCUGGGGUUAAAACUGUCACCACCUUAAGGGAAAAUAAGUCUCUGCUGGUAGUGAUUGCAUAUGAUGUGGAUCCCAUUGAGUUGGUUGUCUUCCUGCCUGCCCUAUGUCAUAAGAUGAGGGUCCCCCACUGCAUUAUCAAGGUGAAGGCCAGACUAGGGCAUCUUGUCUACAGGAAGACCUGCACCAAUGUUGCCUUCACACAGGAUAACUUGGAAGACAAAGGUGCUCUGGCUAAGCUGAUGGAAACCAUUAGGACCAAUUACAAUGACAGAAAUGAUGACAUUCACUGUCACUGAGGAGGUAACGUCCUGGGUCCAAAGUCGAUGGCUCACAUCGCCAAAUUGGAAAAACCAAAGGCUAAAGAACUGGCCACCAAACCGGGCUGAGUGUGUGCUGUUGAAUGUUCUGUACAUCAAAGUCAUAAAGAGUUCUCUUUCAAA